GGAAGCAGAUUCACACAGACUGGAUGGUAACGUGUAGCUCAUGUUCUGCUGUCUUCUGCAUUAUUUUCUUUUCUGACUAACUUAGUGGUAUGUUUUCAGCAGUUUACUCUAGAUAAUGAGGUGAAUAAAUGGCGGAUAUCAUAAAUUCAGAAAAUGAAGGAGAUCUUCAGGCUCAAAUUGAAGAGGUCGAGGCUUUGUCUGCUAUCUAUGGUGAUGAAUGGUGCGUGAUAGAUGAGGCAUCCAGGAUAUUUUGCAUCAAAAUAUCCAAUGACUUGGAGGAGCAAAAGCUGACAGCGUGUUUGCAAAUAAUUCUCCCUCCUGAUUAUCCAAGUGCAGCUCCGCCCAUCUACCAAAUCAAUGCAGCAUGGCUGCGAGGCCUUGAGAGGGCCAAAUUGGCAAACAGCCUAGAAGACCUCUAUGUGGAGCACAUUGGGGAGAGCAUCCUCUACCUCUGGGUGGAAAAAAUUAGAGAUUUCCUCGUGGAAAAAUCCCAGAGCUCCGAAACAGUGGAUCAACCAGAAAAUGUGAACGUGACUGCUGAGGAAGACGAGGAUGAUGAUGAAGACUUACCAGAUUUCAGGACUCUGAAACUGAACACAGAAAAUGCUCAUCUCUUCAUGGAUAAGGCAAAUGAUGAAGAAGUACCUCCAAUAAAACAUGGAAAUCCCAUCACAGACCGACGCAGCACCUUCCAGCCCCAUUUGGCACCUGUGGUGACCCCCAGACAGGUUAAAAUGGUCCUGGAGAAGCUGUACGAAAACAAGAAGAUUGCGAGUGCCACCCAUAAUAUUUAUGCAUACAGGAUUUACUGCGAGGACAAGCACAGCUUCCUGCAGGACUGCGAAGACGACGGCGAGACGGCUGCAGGGGGGAGAUUGCUCCAUUUGCUGCAGAUUCUAGACGUGCGUAAUGUCAUGGUGGUCGUGUCCCGCUGGUACGGAGGCAUUUUGCUGGGUCCUGACCGCUUCAAACACAUCAACAACUGUGCGAGAAACAUCCUGGUGGAGGAGGGAUACACUGCCUCCACGGAUGAGGCCACCAAAUCAGGAGCGAAGACAAAAAGGCCAAAAACCAAGAAGACAAAAUGAAUUUCAGAAGAAAAACUCAAACACAGGUUCAUGGUCUUUGCUGUUUAAUGCAUCAUAAAGCUUGUUUUUAGCCACUUUACACGUGUCUUAGAGAAAAACAAUUUCUUGCAGUUACAGAUAAUUUAUUCAGAAUAAUUUUACAAAUGAAAUAUCAACGAGGAAUUUUGAAUUGUUAUCAGGGAUGAUUGAUUUUCUCUCUGGAAUCUAUAAUUCCACAUUUUCUCAGAGAAGCCUUGAAAUUAAAUGUUCACUAGCAGAAAAUGUUUUCAUUAAAGCAAACUGUGGGUUGAAUAUAACUUCAA